AUGGCGGACGCGCCCAUCGUGCUCGACGGAGGAACCGGUUUCCUGAAGGUCGGAUAUGCCGCGCAGAACUUCCCAGAGCAUCAGUUCCCCUCCAUAGUGGGGCGGCCCAUUCUACGAUCUGAAGAACAGGCCGGGGAUAUUGUCGUCAAGGAUAUCAUGUGUGGUGAUGAGGCGGCGGCUGCGAGAUCAAUGCUGCAGAUUAGCUAUCCCAUGGAGAAUGGUAUCGUGAAGAAAUGGGAUGACAUGCAACAUCUAUGGAACUACACAUUCUACGAGAAGAUGAAGAUCGAUCCUACCGGCCGGAAGAUUCUCCUGACUGAGCCUCCGAUGAACCCCCUGAAGAACCGCGAAAAGAUGGCUGAGGUCAUGCUGGAGGGUUACGGUUUCGGAGGUGUAUAUGUUGCGAUUCAGGCAGUGCUUGCUCUGUAUGCUCAGGGUCUUAGCAGCGGUGUCGUUGUUGACUCUGGUGACGGUGUCACCCACAUUGUUCCUGUCUAUGAAUCGACGGUCCUAAACCACCAUAUCAAACGACUUGACGUCGCUGGUCGAGAUGUCACCCGCAACCUGAUCGCCCUCCUCCUCCGCCGCGGUUAUGCGUUGAACCGAACUGCGGACUUUGAGACCGUGCGCCAAAUUAAGGAGAAGCUCUGUUAUGUGUCGUACGAUCUCGAGCUGGACCAGAGACUUUCGGAGGAUACAACCGUUCUGGUCGAAUCAUACACCCUUCCUGACGGUCGAGUGAUCAGGGUUGGAAGCGAACGAUUCGAGGCCCCCGAGUGCAUGUUCCAGCCGCAUCUCGUGGACGUUGACCAGCCCGGUAUCGGAGAGCUACUGUUCAACACAAUCCAAGGCACAGACGUCGAUGUUCGCUCCAGUCUGUACAAGGCUAUCGUGCUCAGUGGUGGUAGCAGCAUGUACCCGGGUCUGCCUUCGCGUUUGGAGAAGGAAAUCAAGCAGCUCUGGCUUACGAGAGUUCUGCAAGGAAACCCGGAGAGAUUGAACAAAUUUAAGGUCCGUAUCGAAGACCCGCCGCGACGAAGACACAUGGUCUUCCUUGGUGGUGCUGUGCUCGCCAACCUUAUCGCAGAUAAGGAAGACAUGUGGGUGACUCGACAGGAGUGGCAGGAAGAAGGUGCUCGCGCCCUGGCCAAGCUCGGCCCCAGAUAG